AUGGCGUCUCAGAAUUCUCCUGCUUCGAACUGUAGCUGGUGGCCAAUCUCAGCAACUGAAAACGAUGGGAAAAUCAGCGAGGGCGAACAAAGCAGCGCUCCGGCUCAAGAACAGGCGGGGUUUCUCUCUGAUAAAAACGAAAAAGACGGUGACGGUAUCGUCUUGUACCACUGGACCCAGUCUUUCAGUUCACAGAAGGUUCGUUUACUGAUUGCAGAGAAAGGCGUGCUGUGUGAUGAACGCGACGUCAGUUUACCAUUAACUGAACAUAAAGAACCAUGGUUUAUGCGGCUGAAUUUAGGUGAAGAAGUGCCGGUGGUAAUCCAUGGGGACAAUAUCAUUAGUGAUUACAACCAAAUUAUUGAUUAUCUGGAGAAGACCUUUGUGGGAGAAAAAUACACGACGUUAAUUCCAGAAGUAGGAAGCCUUACAUAUUCUAGAAUGCAACACUUUAAAGACCUGCUUGAUUCACUUCCAAUGGAUGCCUACACACAUGGCUGUAUUCUUCAUCCAGAAUUGACCACGGAAUCCAUGAUCCCAAAGUAUGCCACAGCUGAAAUUCGCAGGCAUUUAGUAAAUACUGCUUCAGAACUGAUGAAGCUCGACCAAGAACAACCUCAACUCACAGAGCCAUAUCUUUCCAAACAAAAAAAACUAAUGACCAAGAUACUGGACCACGACGACGUGAACAACUUGAAGAAAAUUCUUACUGAAUUAGGGAAAGUUUUAGAUCAAGUGGAAGCAGAGCUUGAACAGAAGAAACAUGAACUUGCAGGCCAGAAGUGCGAAAGCUGGUUGUGUGGAUCAGAUUUUACCUUAGCUGAUAUAUCCCUUGGAGCAACGUUACAUCGCCUCAGGUUCCUGGGGCUUGCAAAAAAGUACUGGGGAAAUGCAGAUCGACCCAAUUUGCAAGCAUAUUUUGAGAGAGUGCAGAAGCGUACUGCAUUUCGAAAGGUUUUAGGAGACAUACACACCACAUUGCUGUCAGCUGUUUUACCUAAUGCUUUCCGCCUUGUGAAAAGAAAACCACCUUCUUUCUUUGGUGCCUCAUUUUUAAUGGGAACCCUAGGUGGAAUGGGAUAUUUUGCUUAUUGGUAUCUCAAGAAAAAGUACAUGUAA